AUGCGUCGUUUUACUUCCGUCUUCUCUUCCAAGCGUGACAAGGGAGACUCAUCCACCAGCAGCCAUCCUUCUCACAGCACUACCAAUCUCUCCAAGAAGACCGUAAAGAGGGCCAAUACCUUCCACUCUCCAGUGUCCUCGUCCACCUCGUCGUCGCCUCACUUGAGCCGCGGAAGUGAUAUCGCUCAUUCCUCUGCUUCCUCGACGGGCUCUGCUAGCCUUCAGACUCCGGAUGACCUCCCACUAUCCCUAGACCGGACUCCCACAAAAGCCAAAUCUUGGAUCUCAUGGCUCGGGAAAAAGCCUUCGGUCAUCAAGGUCAGGCAGCCCCAAACCCAGGAAAUUAAUCGAGACUGGCGUCCUUCUUGCCCGCCACCUUUACUCCGCCAACCACCUCCUGGUAUCAGAUCUCCCCCUCCGGUACACGACUCUGAACAGAGCUCAUCCGAAGAUGAUGAUGACGAUUCGUUUCUCUCUGGUCACCCGGUCGAGGUCGACCCUACCUUCCCUUCUUCUGCCGUGCCUAUCUCCCGAAAAUACCUCCAUAGUCUCAUACAAAACGCCCUCGUAUACCACCUUUCUCUCUCGCCUUUUGUCCAGCUCGAUUCUCAGACUUGCCCACUUUACCCACGUUCGUGUAAUUCUCCACGUUCCUUGUCACAUCAAGAGUCGCUUCGUUCAUCAAUGCUCAAAGCACACCUCUUACGGCGUUUGCUUGACCCCGCAGACGCAUUUACACCAGCAGAGCAGGAUGCCAUACUGCCUUUUAGUCUCAGAUCACCUCCACUUCCCCUACUCCCCGGUUCUUUUUCUGAUAGUGUGGAUGAAGUUGCGCUACCAAAGUCUGCCCAUGUCGUUGGGUACAGUGAAGGCCUGCGCCGUUGGAUAAACCGUCCUUGCUUUGAACAUCGGUUCGCUGUUUGGAUCCGCACAGACGACGGCAUCACACAGUGCCAAGUGACUGGGACACGUUUUGCCGUCGCAGACCUCGAGUUCUCAGAGACGCUCGAAGCUAUGGCCGAUUUCAGCCAGCACCUGUAUCAACAACUCCCGCUUCCAUCACAGGCAGUCGAGCUGUCAUCUCAUGCUGUAAUUCCGUUGCCUCAGCCUUUGCCUGUGCCAGAGCAGGAACCAGAGCCGGAACCAGAAAUGCUCAGUCCAAGCUCAGAGGUGCCGCCGCCGUCACCGUCAAGCAGUUCAUCUCAUACAUCUCAACCCGGCCGAGUUGCCCCGUACCUCGCCACGCCGUCACCGCUACGCAAUCAGCAUGCCGUCCUCAAAUCAACAUCACCAGGGUCGUCUUCAGCCUCUGUACAGCCAUCAUCUUCUGCUCCGGCGAAACGUGGCGUUAGAUUUGCCGAAGAUGGCAAGGAGGAUAAAAUCCCCAUUGGGUAUGUCAUGCGCAUAAAGAAACAACGGGAAGCCAAGGCCAAGUUUUUGCGUGAGCAGCAGGAGAGGCGGCAAUUUGAGGAGGAGAAGAUAAGAAUAGAGGAUGAAAGAAGAAAGAGAGAGCAAGAGAGGAUCGAGUGGGAGAAAGAAAGGCAAGCAUGGGAGAAAGAGAAGCGGGCCAUUGAGGAAGAGAGAAGGAAGAGACUGUAUGCUGAAGAGCUGGCUGCAGCUAGAAUGCGACGAGAGAACCAGCGGCACGGUGGAAGCAGCAGAGCCAUUUCGAGUUCGAGUUCGUACACGUCUUUGAGAGGUGACGGAAAUGGAUUCGAACGUAUUAGACACGAUUCGAUGAAGCAAUUGCGCCCUUCCCACGAUCACUUAUACGUACAGCCAUCACCAGCACGGCUACAAGGGUCAACCUCGUCACCAUCGCGGAGAUCGAGCUUUGUCGGUCAACCUGCCAUACCCUCACCUAUGCAAUUUGGACAACUUCCACUUCCAAUUCCGGGACCCGGUUCCCGUCCUUCGUCGCUAUACUCGUCGUCAUCUGAGGACGUCGGAAUGAGUACUAAACGAUAUACUAUGGCUUCGACCUCCAACUACCAUAAUGUCAAUAUGUGGUCGGCCAGCAACGCAAGUCUCCUUCCGCCUGCCGGAUUUGACAUGCCCCUUCUGCCGCCCACCGCACCGUUUAUGCUCCAUCAGUACCACCCACGUCAACCGUUGCAACCGUUAUUGAGCCCUUCUCCAUCCAAGCACAGUUUUAGCCGCAGCUCGGAUCGCAUUAGCCGUCCCUCCACAUAUGACAGUAGUCUUUCGAAUCGAUCAAGUUCGUCGUCGCCUCACCGGCAAGUAAACCACCAGCGCCGGUCAAGUGGAGAUCACCAACCCUCUCCGAUGCGACCACAGCAGCAGAGGGGGAGAGCGAUAGAACCUGCUUCGUCUAAUCGUCUAUCUACUGCAUCAUCCCGAUCGAAUGUCAAAGUUGGAUACACUGCUCCAAACAUACAAAGAGGGGUCCCGACGAGGCGGCAGACUUCGUAUUCAUGA